AUGACUGGAAGCAACAGUACCAACACCAGCCACUGCCCUUACGCCGAGGAGUGGGACUGGCUUCACACCAUGCAACUGGCCUACAUCCUGGCCACCAGCGUACUGGGGAUUCUGGAUAACGUGUUUGUCUUGUUGUUAUUCUGCCUGCAUAAGAAGGCCUGCACCGUAGCAGAGAUCUACCUGAGCAACCUGGCUGCCGCUGAUCUGCUCCUGGUCUCCUGCCUCCCCCUCUGGGCUGUCAAUGUGGCCAAUGGCUUUGACUGGCCCUUCGGCCCCCUGCUGUGUCGCCUGGUCAACGUGGGAAUCAACAUGAAUGCCUACAGCAGUAUCUACUUCUUGGCUCUGGUCAGCGUGGACCCCUAUGUGGCAUUGGUGCAUACGAUGAGUCCCUGGAGUAUGAGGAGUCCCUCCUAUGCCAAGCUGGCCUGUUUGUUAGUGUGGGGCUAUGGCCUGCUGCUGGGCAGCCCUACCAUGGUCUUCCGAUCCGUCCAGUUCUUCCCCCAACUGGGGGUGGAGGCGUGCUACAUGGCAUACCCCCACGAUGGCUGGAGGCUGCGCUACAACCUGACCGUCAACAUAGUGGGCUUUCUGGUUCCUAUACCCAUUGUGUCCUUCUGCAGCUACCACAUCAUCAGUGUCCUACGGGACAACCAGGCGAGCAGGAUGAGGAGCACGACGGCAGCAGGCACGGAGAGGAAGGCUGCCCACCUAGUGCUUAUCGUCCUGGCCAUCUUCAUCCUCUGCUGGCUGCCCUACCAGGUCGUCAUCUUCCUGGAUACCUUGUAUCACUAUGAGGUCAUCUCUGGCUGCGACUGGGUGGAUGUAUUAGAAAUCAGCACUCAACUGGCUACCUACCUGGGCUACAGCAACAGCUCACUGAACCCUUUUCUGUACGUGAUUGUGGGGAAGCACUUUAAGCAGAGGGCAAGAGGGGUAUGUAGACAGAUGAUGUGCUGUGGAAAGGGAAGGAAGUCCUAUCAUAUUGUCAAUCUCAACUCCACCAUUAAGUACACAGACUCCACUAAGGUAUGAUUUAUAAACCCCAAAUAACCAUGUAAUUUUAAGGCACAUAUUUCUGCACUAGCCUCACUGUUUU